UGGGAUUGGGGACCAUAGGUAGACCGCGCACGACGUCUAAGAAAGAACACUUUCAAAUCGGAUAAUAUAAAUAUAGCCUAUUACGUCAGAGUAAAACUCUCCAAAGUGGAAAUGCAUUUUUCUACGCACCAGUUGGAGACUAUCAAUAAGGCAAAUUAAACGAAUUUUAUUUAAACUUUUAUAGACUCCAUAAACAAGACAUGGGACGUUGAGAGAAUGUCCUUCGAAGAACCUUUUAAUAUUAUCCAAGAAUUGGAUUUAUACCAGAAUGUGUCCAAAUGGGCGCACCACGGUAAUCACACAGGGGCCACUUCGGAACAAUCCAUCCACUACAUCAGCAUCGCCAUCACUGCCAUUUAUGGAGUCAUCAUAGUCGUGGGACUAAUCGGUAACAUAACCCUGAUCAAGACAUUGUCUUCCUCUAAAUCCAUGCGGAAUGUCCCCAACCUCUUCAUGUCGAGUCUCGCGUUCGGGGACUUGGUCCUCCUGGUUACUUGCGCGCCGGUGGAUGCCAGUCGGUACCUCGCGGACGAGUGGCUCUUCGGGAGAGUUGGAUGUAAACUCAUACCAUUCAUCCAACUCACCUCCGUCGGAGUGUCUGUUUUUACCCUGACUGCGUUGUCUGCUGAUAGGUACAAGGCAAUCGUGAAGCCCAUGGACAUCCAGGCAUCCAACGCCCCGGCGAGGAUCGUCCUGCGGGCUGCAGUGAUCUGGCUCUUCUCCAUGACCCUGGCUGUCCCCGAGGCUGUCUUCUCAGACCUCCGCUCGUUCAGCAUCCGCAGCACCAAUGAGACCUUCAUCACCUGUGCCCCCUAUCCCCACAAUGGUGAACUGCACCCCAAGAUCCACUCCAUGGCCUCCUUCCUCAUCUUCUAUGUCAUUCCUCUGUCGGUUAUAUCAGUCUAUUACCUGUUCAUCGCCAGGAGCCUGAUCAGGAGUGCCUAUAAUAUGCCGGUGGAGGGCAACGUGCACGUCAGAAGACAGAUAGAGUCCAGGAAGCGCCUUGCCAAGACCGUCCUGGUGUUCGUGGGCCUGUUUGCUGUGUGCUGGCUCCCCUGUCACGUGAUCUACCUCAACCGCUCCUACCACUACUCCGAAGUGGACACCUCCAUGGCCCACUUCAUCUUCACCGUGGGAGCCCGCAUCCUGGCCUUCACUAACUCCUGUGUCAACCCCUUCGCCCUCUACCUGCUCAGCAAGAGUUUCCAGAAGCAGUUCAACAAGCAGCUGUGUUGUUGCUGUGGAGCCCUGGCGAAGAGGUCCCAGAGCCAGGGGAGGAACAGGAACAACACUCACAUGACCUCCCUCAGGACCACCAACCACUCAGUGGCCAGUCUGAGCUUUAUUCAUGGCAAACACGUCUGUCAGGAGGACAGUGUGUGAGAGAGAGAUGGGUGGAUGGUAAGAGAGAGACAGACAGAGAGGUGGACGGUAGGAGAGAGACAGAGG